UGUAAUCCACCCCUUGUUUUAUGGUAGCCUUCACGCGCCAUAACUCGGGUUGCCAGUUUCGUUUGAAAGCAGCCUACUGAGCCUAGUUAGCCAACGUGGUUUUCACCACGAAACGAGAAGCGGACGGUCCCGCUUGUAAAUGGCAACACCGCACACAGUAAAAACGAAAGCAAGCUAACGCCUCCGGCCUGUGUCGUCAGUGUAAUGUAUAUCAGUUACGCCUAAAUAUGAACACGUUCGUAUUAGUUGGGCACACAAGAAGACUUUGAACGACCAAGACCAUAAAUGGAUCGAUAGAGGCAAAGCUGCACACCAAGCCCAAGAGGUUGUGGAACCCUUCCCGGGGUCUGCAAGGACCCGGGAGGAGGAUGCAUCGCGGAUGGGAUAAGGACUACCAGAUUUCGGCACGGAAAAUGGGGACAUCCUUGCUCUUCCAGCUGUCGGCUCAUGAUCGGGAGCUGGAUUUGGUGUGUCUCGACCAUAGCUACGCCAAACCUUGGAAUGCUCACCCGGACGCCAGCAGCGCGCGGCCCACAAGAACGCUGUUUGGCACUCCUCGGCGCCAGCCAGAAGUCUCUCAAGAUUCAGAAACUGUAAUCGAUGUGGAGACGGUCACCCCGACGCCGGUUCCGCUGUAUGAUAACCACAAAGCUCAGAGUGUGAUGAAGGAGUGCGAGCGGCACGUCCUUUUUGCUCGCACUGUUGCGGAGGGUCCCCCUCCUCCUGAUGACUGGGAGGAACAUAUCAACAAGACGAUGUGGUCCGUCGCUCAGACCAAACUGUUCAAUAAAGUCCUAAAAGCACUUCAGGCUGAAAGAUUAGCCCGCUUGGCCAAUGAACAUGCAUCCAAUGAGCCAAUAUUACGCCGAAUUGCAGUGGACAAAUGUGCCAGAAAGGUGCGUCAGGCCUUAGCCAGUGUCAACUGGGAGACCAAGCUGACGCAGUGGUUGCACACCACCCUGAUUGAAUCGCUGAGUCUUGCCAUGCUGGCUGCCUACUUGGAUGUUUUGCAGACUCUCAAAAGCAAGCUGCCAUCGCUGAUCGACAGAAUGCUGCUUCCGGCGGCGAAGACGGGAUCUCCCAGCGCCGAGGCCCUUUUGUUGCUACUGAAGCGUCCGUGGGAUCCAGCUGUUGGAGUUCUGUCUCAAAACAAGCCGAGCAAGCUUCCCGGGUCACCACUCAUCCUAAUAGCACCGUCAAGCCCGACCAAUCCAGCCGUGUCAACAUCACGACGAAUGAGAUUCUGGCAGUCGCAGCUCUCCUGUUUUGGCAAGGUCAUCCCCAUACACACUCAUGUCACCAGCGGCGCCAAUAUUGGCAUUACCCAAUGUCUGGAACACAUGCUGGGAACUGUUCGUGCAAAGGUCAUUGAGGUUCGCAGGCACUUCCCCCACAAACCCAUCGUCUUGGUCGGCUGGAACGCCGGCGCGCUCAUAGCUUGUCACGUUUCCCUCAUGGAAUAUCUGACUGCCGUCAUUUGCCUCGGCUUCCCCCUGCUUACAGUCAACGGUCCAAGAGGGGAUGUAGAUGACCCACUGCUGGACAUGAAGACCCCAGUGUUGUUUGUUGUCGGUCAGAACGGUCUGCAGUGCACCGUGGAAGGAAUGGAGGAAUUCCGAGAGAAACUGAGGACCGAUAACAGCAUGGUGGUGGUGGGAGGAGCCGACGAUAACGUCAGAAUCAGUUCUGCAAAAAUGAAAUCGGAGGGACUGACGCAGACGAUGGUUGACCGCUGCAUUCAGGAUGAGAUUGCAGACUUCCUUUCUGGUGUCCUCACACGGGCAGAGAGCCACGGUCAUGGCUCGGGGGAAACGAGGGACCUAGACACAGAGAAGAAGAGGCGGCCUCGACGAGAGUUCCCUUUUGACAUGGAGAGAGGACGACCUUCCUCGCCCGCCCUCAGACUCCCGAUUUCUCCGUCAGGUUCAGAGGAUUUGUCCAGUGUCUGCAGCAGUCCCACUUCAAGUCCCAAACCCAAGACCGGUCUGUCCCCAGCACAGAAGUCCAGUCUGAUCACAGCCACGCAACUCCUCAAGACCCACAUGCAACGCUCUGGCACAGUGCUGUCACACAAGCAGGCUCAAGCUCAGUUCGCUGCUUUUAUGAAACAAAACAUGCUUGUGAGGAAAAACCUUCCUCCUGGUACUCCUCCUUGUAUUUUUGUGACAAGCGAUCAAAUGGAGGCCCUGGACAGAGAUGAACUGAGAGCUCGAGGCAAGAGGCGCCUAACCCCGAGCCCCACCCCGAACAAAGCCUCAAAGCGGGCCAAAAUCAAGGUCACGCUUGUUUCCCAAAGCGAGUCGGCUGGGGCUACCAUCAGCCCAUCUGUACAGGAAGUGGGUGUUUCUGCAAAGCCCCUCGCAGUGACAAUGGGACAGACUGUGGCCGGAGCGGUUGAGCUCUCCGGACUUCUCACAGGCCAACGGUCUGCUAGUCUCUCAGAGGUGUCUGGUACCCUGUCCUCAGGCUCCAGCUCCUUCAACAGCGCGCAGCCUUGCAUGGUGUCAGGGUCGUCCACACCAAUCCAGGUGCAAGCUCCGGCUACUGCCCAAGCAUCUUCCGCCAGCAGUUUGCUACAAGGCCUAAGUUUCAGUCUUCAGGAGAUCGUCACCAAAGCACCUAGCUUGCCCUUUGCGGAAGCCUGUACUGGAAGCACACAGACGUUCUGUGGCAAGCCGCAAGGUCAGGUCCUGAGCGCCGUCUCCACCACCACCAACAGCAGCACUCUGCUCCGCGCGGUGCCCGUGGUCACCGCGGGGGGCGUGGCCAAAUCCAACGCGAUCCACCAACUGCUCACAAAUGGCGGACUGGCCAAGCUUGCCAGCGGUUUGCCCGGCUUGGCCCACAUCACCAACCAGACCGCCGGGCAGAAAGCCCCCACGUCCAUAACAGUGAUGCUUCGAGGAGCGCAACCCGCAAGCAGAGUGGGAUCGCUCAGCCAAGCUGCCGAGGUGACGCCCGCUCAGAACAGCGAAACUCGGUGAUCACGUUUUUUUUGCGGCCCCUCCCUACAAGUGAGCUCAGAAGCCAAACGGGACCGACAUACUUCAGGGGCCUCGACCUACUGCAGCCCUCUUUCGACAAGCGUUCAUCUGCCUCCAACUUGGCUUGAGCUUCCAAGGAACAUCAUGACUGUACAAGUGCACAUUUACAUUAACUGAAAUCUUAAUCACAAUUAACGCCUAGCACAUUUACAGGAGUGACUGCAGUAGAAACUAAUAUUGCUUGUGUGCGCAGGAAUUUUUUUUUCUCCAUGUGACAGCAGGAGCAUAUUUGUGUCUGGUGGCAACACGGACACCAACAUUCCAAAUAUACGUUUAUUGAUGACUACCAUAUCUUUAAGGCAGAUUCUCUUUAACACCAAAUGUCCCAUGUGUACACUACAAGUUUCUGUACUGUUCAGUAAAACGGUCCCCCCCACCCCCACCAAUUUUCCCUGCUAUUUUCCAUUCUACAUAAGCCCAUCCCGUGUGUUUUUCUCAAGCCCCCCGAAAGCCUGAUCUAAUGCUCAAGUGGGAUGUUUACAGCAGCAGCAUAAAUACAGCCCACUCAUCUGAGCAGACAUCCUGUCUUAAAUUCUGCACGCAGAUAAGACCAGGAAGAUUGUGUGCCUUCCCUCUUAUAUAAAGCACGCUUUGUUUGUCACUGCUGGCAAACCUGCUGGCAGUUGCCUCUCAAGCCUCUUAUUACUGAAAGCAUCUUUGUUUUCAGUUGUAGUUUAAUCCUAUAGAGGCCCACACCGCAAAAGUAUACUGUAUUGCUGACCGUGCUCUGGUUUUAUAAAGCAACUACUGUACCUCCAAAACAUACAAUAGGUGAUGUAACGAUAGAUAGAUAGUAGAGAUGUUUGAUACCACUUUUUUCAGGCCGAAACCAGUACGAGUCUUCACUGUUUGAGUACUCACUGAUACAGCACACAGAUACCUUCUAGUACUUUUGAAAACUGAAUAUAAAAUAAAAUAACAAAAUUCAUUCAUCAUUAACACAGCUGAUGAUUCAACCACGUGUGUCAAACUUCCGCAGUAUAGCGCCAACUACUGACGAGUAUAACUUAGGUCAGCAUGUUCAAAAUUCCCCUGCAACAAGAAAAAUCACUCAAAAUGCUGGCGGACGUCUGGCGAACGCUUUUCGGACCUUGAGUGUACCUGACAAACUGACACGAUUGUGCGUUUUGCUACUUUCGCCAACAGUUGCAAUCGUUCGCAUCUUAAUGGGAUAUGAGCUUUUAGUACCCGUGGGAUGGAAGGUUGGAUAUAUAGAUUUACGGUCAGAGUUGUAAAUCAGGGCUAGUCUGAGUUAGGGUUUGUAAAUUAGGGAUUCACAUUGGGGGCUGGGGGAGAAGAAUUCCUUCCUUUUAGUCAUAUUGUCGUGGUUUCGUUGCCUCCAUUCUCUAAUUCCUCUCUUCCUUUUAAAUAAGUCAAUUUAGAAUGUUGUCUGUGUAUAUUUCUCUGCCGAGAGGUGGCGGUACAGACGUGACCUUCAACAACUGUUUGUUGUAUGUUUUGCUUGUGCGUGUGCGUACACGUGUACGUCGGCGUUCCACGUUUUUCUUGUGCGCCUAAUAAAACUGGCCAACUGAACUAAAGCUAACAAAAUAACCGCAGUAAAUCAACUGCGUUUACUUCAGUUAACGUUAAAACACAGAUUGUA